CAAGCCGGGCGGAACAAGGGGAGCCGAGAGCCAGGCGGCCAGUGCGCGGCGCGGGUUCUGGCCCGGGCGGCCGUAGGCGAGUAGCCCUCCCCUCCCGUCUCCUGCGGCUGGUGAGGGAACUAUCAGCUGUGCGUUGUAGGGGGACCGAAGAAGCCGGGUUUGCCUCCUCCCGCGUGUGUGGACGAACCCCGGAGCUAGGCGGCGUCCGCGGCGGCAGAGCGUGCAGUUCUAGAGGCUGGGAGGUCCAAGGACCAGGUGCCUGCAGAUCCACUGGCUGGGAUUUCCUCUGGGUCAUCCAAAAUGUUUUUAAAACAUAUUGGAUAAAAGCUGAGCCACCUGCUUGUGUUGGACUUCCAUACUCUCUGCUCCACUGUCUUCUAUGGCAUUUUGACUACAUCAGGGCCAAGGACCGCUGUUCAUGAUGAGUGAUGAGAAGAGCCUUGGGGUGUCCCCCAAAUUGGUCUCACCUUCAAGGAGCACAAGUAGUUGCUCUUCCAAGCAGGGAAGUCGACAGGACAGCUGGGAAGUGGUGGAAGGACUGAGGGGAGAGAUCAAUUACACCCAGGAGCCACCAAUUCAGAAAGGAUUUUUGCUGAAAAAAAGGAAAUGGCCCUUGAAAGGCUGGCACAAGAGAUUCUUCUAUCUGGACAGAGGAAUCUUGAAAUAUGCCAAGAACCAAAGUGAUAUAGAGAGAGAGAAGCUGCAUGGCUGCAUUGAUGUCGGGCUCUCAGUGAUGUCUGUGAAGAAGUCAUCAAAGUGCAUAGAUCUGGACACCGAGGAGCACAUUUACCAUCUGAAGGUAAAGUCAGAGGAAGUCUUUGAUGAGUGGGUAUCCAAACUUCGCCACCACAGAAUGUAUCGUCAGAAUGAAAUCGCCAUGUUUCCACAUGAAGUUAAUCAUUUUUUCCCAGGAUCUGCUGUCACAGACUCUGGUUCUGGGGUCUUGGACACCAUUUCCAGUAGGAAGGGUAGCAGUAUAUCAAAUCAGAAUUCGUUUCAAACCGGAAGCAAUUUAUCAUUUUCUUCUGGUGGUGAGACUCGAGUUCCAUUAUGGUUACAGUCUUCAGAGGACAUGGAAAAAUGCUCUAAAGACCUGGCACACUGUCAUGCCUGCCUGGUGGAGAUGAGCCAGCUCCUGCAAAGUAUGGACGUCCUGCAUCGGACAUAUUCAGCUCCGGCUAUCAAUGUCAUCCAGGGUGGAGCUUUUGAAAGUCCCAAAAAGGAAAAAAGAUCACAUAGGAGAUGGCGGUCCAGAGCUGUUGGCAAAAACGCUAAAGGAACGCUGCAGGUCCCAAACCCUUUUUCUGGCCCAGUAAGACUGCAUUCCUCCAAUCCUAAUUUGUCAACACUAGAUUUUGGGGAAGAAAAAAAUUAUUCCGAUGGCUCUGAAACCUCAUCAGAGUUUUCUAAAAUGCAAGAAGAUCUGUGUCAUAUUGCCCAUAAAGUCUACUUCACUUUAAGGUCAGCUUUUAAUACCAUAUUAACGGAGAGAGAGAAACUGAAGCAGCUGAUGGAGCAGGAUGUCUCCGUCUCCCCCUCUGCCCAGGUCCUUGGUCUGAAGCACGCCCUGUCAUCUGCCCUAGCACAAAACACAGAUCUUAAAGAACGCUUAUGCAGAAUCCAUGCUGAGUCUCUGCUCCUCGACCUCCCAGUUGCUGCCAAGUCGGGUGAUCCUCUGGCAGAGGAAAACUCCAGAGGUGACAAUCGAGCUCUGGUCCAUCAGCUUUCCAACGAAAGCAGGAUCUCCAUCACUGACUCUCUUUCAGAGUUUUUUGAUGCACAGGAAGUCCUGUUGUCUCCAAGCUCUUCAGAAAAUGAGAUUUCUGAAGAUGAUUCAUAUGUCAGUGACAUAAGUGACAACCUUUCCGUAGAUAAUCUCAGUAAUGAUUUAGAUAAUGAGAGACAAACUUUGGGGCCUGUUCUCCAAAGUGGAGGGGAAGCCAAGUCCAAAAGAAGAACGUGCUUGCCGGCCCCGUGCCCCAAGUCCGGUAACGUCAGCUUAUGGAACAUCCUGAGAACUAACAUCGGGAAGGACCUGUCUAAGGUGGCCAUGCCGGUGGAACUCAAUGAGCCCCUCAACACGCUGCAGAGGCUGUGUGAGGAGCUGGAGUACAGCGAGCUCCUGGACAAGGCUGCCCAGACGCCCAGUGCCCUGGAGAGGAUGGUGUACGUGGCAGCCUUUGCCGUGUCCGCAUACGCAUCUAGCUACUUCCGCGCUGGGAGCAAGCCGUUUAAUCCAGUUCUUGGAGAAACAUAUGAGUGUAUUCGUGAGGACAAGGGCUUCCAGUUUUUUUCAGAACAGGUCAGUCACCAUCCACCUAUUUCUGCAUGUCACGCUGAGUCUGGAAAUUUUGUUUUCUGGCAAGACAUGAGAUGGAAGAACAAAUUCUGGGGCAAAUCCAUGGAAAUUGUUCCCAUUGGCACAACCCAUGUGACUCUGCCAGCUUUUGGAGAUCAUUUUGAGUGGAACAAAGUGACCUCUUGCAUCCAUAACAUCUUAAGUGGGCAGAGGUGGAUCGAGCACUAUGGAGAGAUUGUUAUCAAGAACGUGAAUGAUGAUUCCUGCCACUGCAAAGUGAACUUUAUAAAGGCAAAAUACUGGAGCACUAAUGCCCAUGAGAUUGAAGGUACAGUAUUUGACAAGAGUGGAAAAGCAGUGCAUCGGCUAUUUGGGAAAUGGCAUGAGAGCAUCUACUGUGGUGGCUCCUCCUCAUCCACUUGUAUCUGGAGAGCGAAUCCCAUGCCAAAAGGCUAUGAGCAAUAUUAUGGCUUCACACAGUUUGCACUGGAAUUAAAUGAAAUGGAUCCAUUGCUAAAGUCUUUAUUACCACCUACUGACACUCGAUUCAGGCCAGACCAAAGGUUUCUAGAAGAAGGGAGCUUAGAAGAGGCCGAAAUACAAAAGCAGAGGAUUGAACAGCUGCAGAGAGAAAGGCGGCGGGUGUUGGAAGAAAGUAAGGUGGAGCAUCAGCCGCGGUUUUUCAGGAAAUCCAGUGAUGACUCCUGGGUGAGCAGUGGCACGUAUUUGGAACUUAGGAAAGAUCUUGGUUUUUCCAAACUGGACCAUCCUGUCUUGUGGUAAAAGAGGAAAGAACGAUACGUCUUCGUACUUCUCCCGUGGUUGCUUUCUGAAGCCACAAACCUGUCUGUAUAUUUAAACAACAUUAUCUAGAACGAUCACUUGUGAUUCUUAGCUUAGUGUUGUAUUUAAGUAUAUAUUUUCUUCAGUAGGUUUCUUUACAAUUUCAAAUGUUAUCACAAUUGUUUAUAUGAAUGUAGAACACCUUGAUAUUUCUUUUUAUAUAUAAACUAUUUAAUAAAAAUGAAAGAUUGAAUGUUAAUAUAUGGGUUAAAAAAGAAGCUUUAACAUGAAUUUUCCAAAGGUUAGGAAAAUUCUCAUUAAAUUUAUGCCUUAUAAAAUGAUGUUGGAAAAAAAAAAUCCAUCUUUCCCAGGUGUGUUAAGAAAUAAGAAUACGAAGGGUUACUCACCUGUGUGCAAGCUACCCAGGUUUAAUUUGGUAGCUCAGAUAUCUUUUUGCCUCGGACAGCUUUUGAAUUGCUCACACAGAACAAUUCUGCUGGUACUGGAGUCUGAAGAAUAUUUGCAUCUACGUUUAAGUGCCUGGGGAAAUGGUAUACAAUUAGUGGGAUGUAUGUUUUUAUAUCACGUGGAUAUGGCAGCUUCUCAAAGAGGAAGCAUUCGAACUCAUCCCUCCCUAUAGUUUCAUUGCCUUAUGUGCAAAAUUGUACCGUUACUCAGAAAAAUUGUUGAUAAUCCGAGAAACCCCUGUUAAUUAAAUGUCAAAAUGAAAUCCCAGGCGGACAGUAGGAAAUUUCUCCUUAGUGA